CCGAUUCAAUAGAGAUGUCUGUCUGUUCCUGUGCCAUGUGCCAGCGUCUGGCCGGCACUGUGCUGAUUGACGGAUGGUCCCAUACACAGACAAAUACCCACAAAUCACAUACCAAACACGCCAAGACGUCCCAAUCCCGACCCAUCAAUCACAAUCACCUCACGAAGAAAGAACUACAAACUCGCUGCACUCAUCCCGCUAUGCCUGCACGCCUCCCAGCCAGUGGCAACUGAACCUGCCGCUGUCACUUUUCGCUCUGCCCUCCCUAUCAGCCGCACCACUGCCUCGGGUGUUUUCAGCCGACAAGUCAUUCGCGAGCAAAAGUCGUACAGCACAAGGGCCAAGCUGCCACUGGCGACGUCUCCACCUCCCUCCCCAAUGGUAGGCUAGUUGUCUUUCUCUCCCUCCCCCUUGCCAGCUUGCUGUUCAGCAUCAGUUUCCUCGGUCACGGGCUCCCCGAAGCGGCGCUGCAGGAAGCGACGGAGCUCCAUCGGAUCGUAGAACUGAUACACACACACACACACAGACGGGGAGGAUAUUGCAAGUGUGUGUAGGUGGAUGGGUGUGGUGCGAUCCUUGGCUCACCCAUGGUCCGAUGCCGCCCUGGUAGGUGAUGAUGCCCUGCUCGACCACGUAGAGGCGCAGUGGCGACGCCUCGUAGGCACGCACCACCUCAUUAGAUAUCUCGUCAACUGACCAACCAACCAGGCAUACACAUGGGCACACAGAAAAGACAUGCACAUCAUCCGCGGCCUCACCUGCCGUGGCCGAGUCGCCCACAGCGUUCCACAGCUCCUCUGAGUCGAGAGGCACCUCGCCGUCGUGCUGGCAAUCUGCACUGCCGCCCCCAGCCACCGAUGCCUUGUUGGUCACCUGGCCGGCCAUCUCAGGAUGCACUCGGUACCGGUCAGUGAAGAUGCGGGCGAGCUUGAGGCGGUCGCACAUCGCCGUGGGCUGGCUGAAGUGGAUGUUGUCGCGGUAGUUCUCGGCAGACGGCCACCCUGGCUCGGGGAAGACCUCCCUCACGUAGAUGAAGACAUAACGAACCCGCCCACAGAACUCCUGGGUCACGAUCUCCAUGACCUGAAUGGACACAACAUGACAAACACAUGUGCAUGUGUGUCAGCGACGUGUGUGUGGCUGAGCACCGGUCCCCAGGCUCGGCUUGGUGGUCAGGUGACACUUCCGAAGUUGAGGACCACGGGCAUGGCCGUAUCAAAGAAGGCCGACAGGUUGGUCAGGCGGCCAUCCUGCAGCCGCACAGGGCCGUCGGGCGCCGGCAGCCCCACCUGAAUCUUGGACAUGAAGCCAUCCUCCAGCUGCGGAAAGACCGCAUGCAAAAUCUCCUGAGUCACCUGCCGAGUACACACACGCAGAAACGCACACAAAGCAAUGAUCACAGAGGUGCCUUGCGGUCGCCUCCUUGUCAUCCCGUCCUUACUCCUUCUGUUUGGCCCAUCUCCUGGGCUUUUUCGAGUGCUAUGACAUCUCGCUCCGGCAGAUUCUUGGCAUUGAGGCGGUGAACCGCCACCGGGGAGUCGCUCUCAGACGACAUUGCCCC